GGAAUACAGGAAAUACAGCCCCACCUAUCAAUAGGAGAAACAGGAAGAAAACGAAAAUAAAAGCAUCCCACUUUAAACUAUAUUCUUCUUUUUCUUCUCUGGAACUGUACCUCUCCAACCUAAAAUCCCAACCUUCACCGGGAAUUAAUCACAUCCAAAUGCUUCUCUCUUAAUCCGCGCCAAUUUCUCUCCGGUAUCUUAAUUGCCACACUCAAAAAGGGGCAAAAGAUUGAGAAUGCUUUGGUGGUAUUCUUGAUUUCAAGAGGAAUAACAUCACAGCAGAAACAACAUGGUUUCAACUGGUAAUGGUGAGGAUAUUGUGGGAUGUGAGGAAUCGAGUGUGGGUAAAGCCAAGAGUCACGCACCUCUAAACAUCUCAACAUCACAGAGAGGUCUUAUAAACAAUGAUAACUCGGAGAAAGGGUUUAAUGCCGGCUUCUCCGCUAUCUCUAAAAAGCUAAGGUUUCUGAAAUUUGGUGACUUAGCUUCGCCAUCAGCAAGAUUCCAGCGGAUUGCAGAGGGGAGGGAUGAGGUUUCACGCGCUGUACCUUCGUCGAGCAGCCUCCAUAUACGUGAGCGCUUUCAAAGGAUCUUUUCUCGUAAAAUGGAUUGGAAUAAUCUUGGGAGAAUGGGCAAAGAAUGGAUUAGAGAUCCUAUGAAUUUGGCUCUCUUUAUUUGGAUUGUAUGUGUUGCUGUUUCUGGUGCUAUCCUGUUCAUGGUCAUGAUUGGAAUGUUGAACCAUGCCCUCCCGAAGAAGUCGGAGAGGGAUGCUUGGUUUGAGGUCAAUAAUCAGAUCCUCAAUGCUUUGUUCACUCUCAUGUGUUUAUACCAGCAUCCGAAGCGAAUAUAUCACCUGGCACUACUGCUGAGGUGGAGGCAAGAAGAUAUUCUAAAGCUCCGGAAAGUUUACUGCAAAAACGGUACCUAUAAACCCCAUGAAUGGGCACAUAUGAUGGUGGUUGUAGCGUUGCUGAACUUGAACUGCUUUGCUCAAUAUGCCUUAUGUGGUCUUAACUUGGGAUACAAGAGGUCGGAGCGACCUGCUAUUGGUGUUGGGAUAUGUAUCUCUGUCGCAAUUGGUGCCCCUGCAGUUGCAGGAGUUUACACCAUGCUUAGCCCUCUCGGAAGAGAUUAUGAGACUGAGACGGAUGAGGAGAUGCAGAUUCCAGUCACCGCUGAGGAUACUAGUAGCAGAGACCAAUCUAGGAGACAAUCGUUGGAAAAGAGAUUCUCAUUCGCAAUAAGAGAUGAUGGAAGAACCGUGGAGACUAGACCUAGUUGGAGUGGAGGCAUUCUUGAUUUCUGGGAUGACAUUUCCUUAGCUUACCUUUCACUCUUCUGUAGCUUCUGUGUUUUCGGAUGGAAUAUGGAGAGGCUCGGGUUUGGCAAUAUGUAUGUUCACAUCGCCACCUUUCUUCUAUUCUGUAUGGCUCCCUUUUGGAUUUUCAAUCUGGCUGCUGUCAAUAUUGAUAAUGAGACGGUUAGGGAGGCGUUAGGGAUCACGGGGGUUUUCCUCUGUGUUUUUGGUCUACUCUAUGGUGGCUUUUGGAGAAUUCAGAUGAGGAAGAGAUUCAACUUGCCUCCCUCGAAAUUCUGUUGUGGUAAACCAGCUGUGACCGAUUGCGCCAUGUGGCUUUUCUGCUGUUGGUGCUCGUUGGCGCAGGAGGUAAGAACUGGGAAUGCAUAUGACAUUGUGGAAGACAAGUUUUACAGGAAAAACGCCGAGCAGAUGCCUAUGUCCCCAUUGAAUCGCGAAGGUGGUGAGUUUGAGUUCCGAUCACAUCCCACUUCUCCUUUAGGGAACAGCCCGUCUCCAUCCCGUGUCACAAAGGCCAGCUCGCCUAGUCCCACCCGAUUUUCCAAGGAGUACAACAGCCCCGGGAGGCAGCUCGCAUUGAUUGAAGAAGAAUCUAAUGCAGGAGUUAAGGAUGAAAUGAUGACACCACCGACGCCUUCAGUUAUUCGACGAGAAGAUGUUUAGCUCAGCGCAAGUUUUGGAAUUGUCAGGUAACUCUGUAAUAUCGAUACAUAUGUGUUGUAAUUCUUUUAUUUAGAAAGUAUGGCGAUGUAUUGCUCUGUUUAUUGUGUAGACAUGGUGAGUUUUGCUUGUGAGGUGAGUUUUGCUUGUGAGGCUUGCUUUUUCUUCUGUGUAAAGAUGCAUUUUGAUUUCCUUAUCAUUGAAACUUUUUAUUUCACCAUUUAAACAAAGGUUAUUUAUCGUA